AUGUUUGUGUGCGAUGCUGUUAUGCCUCUAACUUCUGCUUUGUCUUCAGGUCAAAACUAUGGUCGUGAAUGGCAUCAAGGAGGACAUCAAGGCGGAAGACAGAAUUAUGGGCCCCCCAACAAUCAUGGGAAAAAGCAGAAAAAUAAGAAGGAACCAGAGUAUUCCCACUUUUGUGACACAUGUGACCGAGGCUUCAAAAACCAGGACAAAUACGACGAACACAUUUCUCAACAUGUCAAGUGUUCUGUGCCCGACUGCACCUUCAUGGCUCAUGAAAAAAUAGUCAGCAUCCACUGGAAAAAUAACCACGCACCAGGAGCUAAAAGAAUCAAGCUGGACACACCAGAAGAGAUUACAAAAUGGAGAGAGGAGAGGCGCAAAAACUACCCAACACUUCAGAAUAUGGAAAGGAAGCAAAAAGUGAUGGCAGUACGGGAGGAGACAGGAGCUGUUCUAGAGACAGCUCAGUUUGGACGAAUGAGAGGCAGAGGACGAGGUCGUGGCUGGGGUAACAGAGGGUUUCGUGGGCGACACCAGCGAGGCCCUCACCCAUCAGACAGCAACGCUACAGGGAGACCGCCAUUCCUCACCCAGCCCUGCAGUGACGGGGAUCCACUGGGAGCGCUGGCCAGCAGUGACCAUGAUUCUGACAGAGAGGACCCGGCUGCUGAGUCCGGGGCUAGUGGUCUGGUUGUGGCUCCCAAACAGAUGAGCUCAGCUCUGGGCUCCCUGGUGGCUAACUACGGCUCCAUGAGCGAGAGUGAAAGUGAUGAGGGACCAGAGUCCACCCCCAUUCAGAGAGCCAAAGACCUUUUGCGGGAAAACCAGGCUCUCCUAAACACAAUACCAGCAAACUCCCAGGACAGAGGAUCCUCUGGGGGCUGGGGAACCUCUUCACAGGGUACAGAGACUCACAAAGGGCCCCAGCCUGACUGUGCCCUUCAGACACCUCACAGCAGAAGAGGAAGAGGGAGAAGAGGAGGCAGGGGUGGUAGAGGAGGACACCAAGAUACACCGCAGACACGCCGUCCCACUCUACUUGAGAUGUUACUGGCCCCAGACGUCCGCCACGAGAGGAAUGUCCUCCUGCAGUGUGUGCGCUUUGUUGUCCGAAACAACUUCUUCGGCCUGGAGAACAGACCUCAGGAGGGGGUAAAGGAUAAAGCCAGACCAGCUAUCCCAGCUGGAGAGGAUGAAGGGAGGCAGAAAAGACCAUCAGAGGAAGCCAGGGCUGUGCUUCAGGAGGUUGGUGGAGAGAGAAGUUUAGCAGAAGAAACAAGUAAAGCUGUUGAGCUUGACAAGAACUUGCCACAAAACUGUGAGGACCAGGGUUUGCAGAGUGAUCAAGCAUGCGCAGAACCAUCCAGGGAUCUUCCAGCGUCAAGUGCUGAGCAGGGUGCAGGGGAUGUCAUCCAAAAUGCUGAAGAGACAACUGCUAAAGACUGCCUUGAUGUGACAGCCACAGAUAAUAUCACAUCUACCUCUAAUAUUUAUGAUGAUGAAAUUUGGGAGAGCCCUGGUGCUGUUAUGUGAAAUCCGAGCAAAUGACUGGAAUGGAUUAAUCGUCUUUUGUAACAUAAAAGUGAGACACUUGUCUUUCACAUCGAUGUUAAUACUUUCUUCUUUUUUUUACGUGAUGUUAGUUUGACUAACGAUAUCCAGUUAUAUUUUUGUAACAUGAUGUGUACUAAAGAAAGACAAUCAUAUUUUUUUGUGUGAAAUAAAUCACAUAAACCCUACUGAUAAUUUUACAUUUGUGUUUGUUUAACUUUUAAGAUGAAAGUUUGUGUUGAGUUAGAAAGUUAAAGGAAAUUCAUAAUGUGUAUUUUACUAGGGCUGUAACUGAUUAAUCUGUUAUUUUAAGUAUCCAUCCAUCCAUCCAUCGUCAACCGAUUAUCCUGCGUACAGGGUCGCAUUAUUUUAAUUAUUUUGUUGAUUUCAUUUGUUUGGUCAAAAAAUUGUCAUAAAUGUCAAUCACUGUUUCCCAAAGCCCAAUAACACGUCCUCAAAUGUC